UUAUCGUCCACGCAGUGCCCGCUUAGCCGUUGUUCGUUCAUGGUGCUCCGAUAUAAUUCGUUGAGCCACCACAAUAAUAAUAAUAACAAUACUAUAUAUUAUAUAGUUCGAUUCGGAUGCGUUUCAAUAAUAGACACAUUACGACCGGAAUCGAUUUUUAAAUAGUUCCAAUCGCGACGUUUUAGGUUACACGUUAACCUCCAUAGGUGUAUUACAGAGCGCAUUAUCACCGUUACUCAACUGUACUAGACGAUAAACCUCGUCCGUACACAGGUCCGACGUUUGCUGGAGCGUGGAUUAAGGAUUUGAUAACAUAACGUGAAAGAACCGCAAUUCUCCACUGUCUAAUGGAAACGUGGUGUAUUGUUUUUUUCCUCUAUGUAACGUGGUUUAAAGAGCAGAAACAAAAAAAAUAUGCUUUAGUGCUCCGAUGUUGCACGAUGAACUUUUCCAAAUUACUGUACGUAUCUAUACUUUGCGUAUCAAUUUUGAAAUAUUCAGAAUCAGCGCAGCCUAAAGAAGUACCAUUCAAAUUUGAAAAUGGAAAAUCGGACAAACAUAUACUUGAUCAAUUAUUGAAUACCGACAUUUAUGACAAGCGACUAUUACCACCGUCAUAUGGUCCUUCAAUAGUCAAUGUCAGCGUAGUGUUAUUUACAUUGUCAUCCCCCGAUGAAUCAAGUUUGAAAUAUGACAUAGAAUUUCUGCUGCAACAAGAGUGGUUCGACUCAAGACUGCGGUAUCCAAAUCAGACAGCUUUCAGUGUUCUGAACGGCAUUCACCAUCAGGGUGACAUAUGGCUGCCUGACACGAACUUUCACAUGCACGGUGACUUUAAGCCGAGCCAGCGGCCUAUAAGGUUCACUCUGAACGUGUACAAUGACGGCCGAGUUGAGUACACAACCAGACGUCAUCUGAUGUUGGUUUGCGAAGGGUCGAUGAACAUAUUCCCAUUUGAUCAACCACUCUGUACAUUUUCCAUGGAAAGCAUAUCGUAUGAGAAGUCUGAUUUAAAGUAUGUCUGGAAAGACGAUAGUUUUGUUUUAAUAAAGUCGCCUAAUCUGAAAACUUCAAAUGCUUACUUGGAACGAAAUCGAACUUACGAAUGUGCUUCUACUGGGAGUUGGAGAGGUAAUUACAGUUGUCUACAAGUGGAAUUGAUAUUUAGUAGAGAUAGGACGUUUUACUUCGCUACUAUUUUCAUACCAGGGUUAAUUUUAGUCACCUCAUCAUUUAUCACAUUUUUCCUAGAAUGGGACGCAGUACCAGCGAGGACAAUUAUUGGCGUUACGACAAUGUUGAAUUACUUUACGACCUCCAACAGUUUCCGCCGGACAUUGCCCGACGUAGCUAAUUUGACUGCUAUGAAUGUUUGGGACGGAGUUUGUAUGUGCUUUGUGUUUGCCAGUUUCGUAGAAUUUGUAAUAGUAAAUUGUACGGGGAGGAGAAAAGUAAAAUCAAACAUUUCGAGUAACGCGGGAAGUUGCAGUAUUUCUAAGAAGAUAACCAAAGAAUUUAAAUGCCCGGAAUGUGCUCAAAAUGUUUGUUCGCAUUCACUACUCAUAGAUGUUCUCCCAAAAGUGAACGAAAAGAUCGCGACGAAACCGUCUGACCAAGUCCAUUUGGCCAUGACGAUCGACAUGGUGGCUAGGUUAACGUUCCCGUCUGCGUUUGUCAUGUUUUUGGCGUUUUUCUUUUUCUACUACUCAGUGAAUGCCAACAACCGGGCUAUAUCCGUCGGCACCGAUUGAACUAAUUGCCGACGAUCCCAGUGAUCUAGACCAUACCAUAAAGGGCAAUCGGGGCAUCCCCACCCCUUUCCCCAUCACAAUCCCUUAGGAUGGCCAGAUAAAAAUACAACCCAAAACGAAGGGUACAUCGUCAUGGCCCACCGUGUAUCACUUAUAUAAAUAAAAUAUACAGAGUGUUUCA